UUGUUCUUCUGCCAUAGUGCGAAGUGGACGGAGCCAACUCCUUAAAACUAACGGAAACUAUCUUCUAAUACAGCAACGAAGCUCGAUAUACUUACUGUCCGAGGAACAAUGGAUGACUCUAUGAAGCGCUUACUGCAGCGACUCGUCAGACGGAUACCGAGUCAGAUGUUGAGAACAACGCUGGACAAGUGGGGCCGUUUGACUCGGGCCCAGCAGCAGUCCAUGGAUUAUACUCUGUCGAAGUGGGCGUUAACGGAAAGACUGCUCGCCAUUUGCGAGGAAAAUGAGUGUGCACUUAAACACCUCACAGAACUGGAGAUGAUCUAUGUCAUGGACAAUCCAAACCAGGGAAUGUGGUAUGCUUUCCAGCUCAUGGACCCUGACGAUGAUGCUCCUUCUGUAGAGCUGACACAGUUCAAGGAACAAUUUAAAUCUCACCUCAAAGAGCUCGUUAAACAUGUGUCCAUCAAGAUAAAGAAGCACACAGAUGAAGCUGUAUGGAUUCGGAUUGCGUGGGGAGACACAUUUUCUCGGCCCAACCACCUGAAACCGACAUAUGUUGUUCACUAUCUUCAAACCCCUUAUGUCUUUGUGACAACCCUGACCUCAAAGCAAAAGCCCCUGUUAUCCCAGGCCUUGGUUCUGUCCACCAGACAUCAAGCUGUCAAAGAUGCUAACCUCAGUGGACGGAAGCUCAGUGCCAUCAGGGACCUGCUGAUGAGGCAAUAUGAACAGGUGUUUCCCACCAAGUAUCCCAGCCCCCUUAAAGAAAACAACGAGACUGCCUCAAACCCACACAUAGAGAGAGAACAAGCAGAGUCUGCAGCAAACAGACUUCAGAUGGCUUCUGAGGCCUUCGGUGGUGGGAUGUUGCCUCAGCUACAGUCGGCGGUUUACAAGCUGGAGACAAAAUUCAGAGACCACACCAACAAGACCAUGACAGAGCGAGAGGAGCCUUUCAGAUGUGUUGUCAAAUUUGCAAGCACCAACCUCCUGGAGUCACUCAGACACUGUGCAUCUUCAGGAAUCGCCUCCACCCCUGUCACACCUCUGCUCUCAUCUAUUCCCCUAAAAGGAAGGAAUUAUUUUGUCAUCACAGACAAUGGACCUGGUCCCUCCUCACAAACAAGGCAACCACAGAACUGAUAAGUGCUAGGUUCACAUGGUGGCGUGUCACGUCUAAUCCAUCAAUAGUUUGCUUUUACCAUUCUGUCACUGAUCCCCUUGUUAACCUAGCUCCUGAGUAGCGGUGGCUCCUGGGAUUUCAGAAUGAAUUAAUGUGUCUUUAUGUGCUUACAGUUGUAAAUAAAUUGGCAAUAUAUAAUUGCCAUUGUAUUAUCUUUUGCUGGUAUUUAGGUGGCAGAAUGUUUCUGCCAUUAAAUGUUUUAUUUGUCCAAACUGAAUAUAAAAGCAGGAUUUAUAAUAUUCUUGAAGUUUUUGUUCCAUUACUUGCAGUGAAACAAAGAUAUGUGGAGUUUUUGCUUGUGGUAGGUCUGGUGGAAGUGAGUGUGAGUAAAUCGGCUCUUAAUAAGUUGGCAUUUACAGCUCUUGUUUCAGGGUUCAUUAAAACUCUCUGGCCUGUGCACAAACCAUUUAAAGGAUAGUUUCACAUUCUUACAAGUUCAUCUUAAAACUAUACUCACAUGCCUGCACAUACAUUUAAAGAGUUACUGGCCCAUUCUGACUGCAAAGAGAUCCCUUCCACACACAUGCACAGCAUCAUGUGGGCAGGGAGAAGCGGGUUUCUUUUACCUGCUACACAUACUCUGUCUUUGUAGCAUGUAGUGGUGUUCCAGCUGUGUACAUGUGAGUUUUGCCAAAGUGAUAAUGCAGUUAGUUACGCAGAUUUAGAGGUGUAUGCUAUAUUAACUGAUACUGAAUUCAUUAACUGGAUCAUUUACCAACAGGAUGUAUUGAUUUGACUUAAUUUUAAUGUGAAAUGUAAAUACACCCACAAGGCUGUUUUUCUGUGUUGUAUUGCCCUGAUACAAUGGGCUAUUUAAUUUAAUCACGUUUAAACAGACUGUACUUGCUUUUUUAUACAGUUCAUAGAAGAAAAAAAUAGACUAGCUGUAUGAAAAUAGCAUUGAGCCAUGCAAUGGUGGUCAGUGUAGCAGCUUUAGUUGAUAUAAUGGAUGCACUCUGUUUGCAGCAGAUAUGUCGCACCAUGUCUGUGCCACAUGUAUUCUGGCCGUGAGAGAUAUGAUUCAAAAUCCACAGUCCUUAUUUUGCUCAAAAAUAUAUUCCAGUUCAGCUACAGCUAAUAUGAGGCAUCAGCAGCCUGAGUUAGCUGAAUCAAGUGGGUAUCUUACAAACUCAGAAGUUCUUUUCCACCCACUAUGACCACUUCACAGCCCGGGUAGCAGGGAAUGUUCUCACAACCGUGGCUAACGUUACCUACAAGUUCUAAUAAUGUUUUAAUCAAAUGUAAUCCUAAAGUGCUGUAACUCUUUUCUCUUUCUCCAAUGCUGUCUAUCAGAACUAGAUCAAAUGAAUAAUGCAUAACUGAUAUAUUAUUUUAAGCCGAAUUUUUAAACAGGUAAUAUUCA